GGGAAGGAUGGAGCCGGGAGAGCCCGCGGGAGUGCCCUUCAACCUGUCCCGAGCCGCCGCAGAGACGCCCCGCGGGGAGUUCAACCUGUCCGGGUUGCCGGAGGCCGAGGGGAAGCCCCUCUUCGGCAUCGGCAUCGAGAACUUCAUCACCUUGAUCGUCUUCGGUUUAAUCUUCACCCUGGGGGUGCUGGGCAACACCCUGGUGAUCACGGUGCUGGCGAGGAGCAAGCCAGGCAAGCGCCGAAGCACCACCAACAUCUUCAUCCUCAACCUGAGCAUCGCCGACCUGGCCUACCUGCUCUUCUGCAUCCCCUUCCAGUCCACGGUCUACGUGCUCCCCACCUGGGUGCUGGGAGCCUUCAUCUGCAAGUUCAUCCACUACUUCUUCACCAUCUCCAUGCUGGUGAGCAUCUUCACGCUCUCGGCCAUGUCUGUGGACCGGUACGUGGCCAUCGUGCACUCCCGACGCUCCUCAGCCUUGCGAGUCCCCCGCAACGCAAUGUUGGGUGUGGGGCUCAUCUGGGCGCUCUCCUUCGCCAUGGCCUCGCCUGUGGCUCACCACCAGCGCAUCUUCCACCGCGAGACCAGCAACCAGACCUUCUGCUGGGAGUUCUGGCCCAACCCACGCCACAAGAAGGUCUACGUGAUUUGCACAUUCGUCUUCGGGUAUCUGCUCCCACUGCUGCUCAUCUCCUUCUGCUAUGCCAAGGUUCUUAAUCAUCUGCAUAAGAAGUUGAGAAACAUGUCAAAGAAGUCAGAAGCAUCCAAGAAAAAGACAGCACAAACUGUGUUGGUGGUGGUAGUGGUUUUUGGCAUCUCCUGGCUGCCUCAUCAUGUGAUCCAUCUCUGGGCUGAAUUUGGAGUUUUCCCACUGACUCAAGCCUCCUUUCUCUUCAGGGUAACUGCACACUGCCUGGCUUACAGCAAUUCUUCAGUGAACCCGAUCAUAUAUGCAUUUCUAUCUGAAAAUUUUAGGAAGGCCUACAAACAAGUCUUCAAAUGCCAGAUUGGUAAUGAGUCAUUUCUGAAUGAUGCCAAGGAAAAUAAAAGUCGGAUAGAUACACCACCCUCUACCAAUUGUACGCACGUGUGAAUGUUGAGAAGCCCUGUAUGUUGGCUCUUCCUUUAUGUACACUAAACACCAAGAAAAAAAAAAAAAAAAGCACAAUGAGGUUUAUCCUGGGUUUAUCUUGAUAAAGCUAAUUGCUAUUUAAUGUACUGAAUUUGUAUUUGUAACCAAAGUUUGUGAAACUGGUAUGAAAGAAACCUGGGCUGAUCCUUUGCAUCUUAGAUAGCUUUGUCAAAUAAACCUCUUGGACUUUCAUCGAUAUUUGAGAAAAAGGUGUUGAGAUGAUUUGUCUGUAUUCUUACUUCCUAAGCAUACAAAGGUACAAGAAGAAGAUGUUGAUAUGGAUAGGUAACUUUCUGACAUUUGACUCCAUGAAAGUGAAAAAUGGAUAAAUCUUCUGUCCUACAGAUAAUAAAUACUGGACUAUUACGAUUUCAAAAGGAAAGCUUUCGUUCUCUCUUCAGAUUGUUUUGAUGAUUCCUUUUUUCUUUUUAAUCAUGGGCUCUGAUUUGGAGUUGUAAUAAGUUGUGUACACCUUGAGGCAAUUGCUUCAGAGAGGAAAUGCUAUUUCUAUCUGUUUAUCUGGUUUUAAUGUGUCUUACUGAGCAAGGGUGGAUUGGUUUUCCACUUCAUAUGGCUGCCUUACUGUAUACACAGAAAUUUUGUGUACACUGUAUUGGGGGUUUUUAAUGGCCUGGAUGUAAUUGUAGCAAAAUGAGGAUUUGUGUCUAACUGAGGGAAGUUUUUCUUCCUGCGCUGCAUGUGCACAUGUAUGUAUGUUUCCUUAAUUUCAUAGGUUUUGAGAUGGAGGUACAGUUUUAAAUGUGCAAUGUAUACAUAUGUUUUGAUUAUGUUUCCUAAAGAAGCUCCACACAAUGCUUAAGGUUUUAAAGGUAGCAUUCCCUUAAAAGCUGUAGGUGGAGCUUGACAUCAUUUAGUUUUAAACUGGAAAUAUAAAGAAAGUUGUAUUUAAAUUAAUGCAAAGUACAUAAUAUAAUUCUGCAAAUUCUUAAAUAAAAUUAGUACUUUCUGCAACUUUUAUAAAUUUACUGAAAAUGUCCUUAGGUGGUAAACCACUAAAGAAAUAGAAAAACAUGCCUUAAAAACAUUCUUUUAGCUGGAAUAAGACAUGAUUUUACCUUUUUUUAUUAACGACCCAUAGAUUCAUAAAGCAAAUCAAAUUAAAGGAACCUCUGGACAUCCUCUUAAGGCAGGGAUACCCUCAGAGUUGUAUCACUUCCUUGUCUAGGCAAAAUUUGAAAAUUUCUAAGGAUGGCAAUUCAGCAAUAUUUUUGGAGCAACCUGUGCUAGUGCCUAAUCACCCUCACUAAAAUAUUUUUCCUUAUCCACAGCUGGGAUUUCUCUUGAUAUAUCUUGUGACCAUUGCUUUGUGCCCUUUCACUGUGUACUGAAGUCUUUUCUCUAAUUGACUAACGUGUAAUUUUAUAGAUGGCCAUUGAAUUUCCCCUCAUCCUUCCCUUCUGAAACCAAGUGCUGUUCUCAGCCUCUCCUCAGGUCCCUGUCUGGGUCAGUGGCCUUCCACUGCUCUUCCUCCAAAGAAUCCAUCCCUCUCAUGAACUGAGGUGUCCUGAACUGAGGAGCGUGUUCCAGAUGUGGCCUCACAAGCACUGAGCAGAGUGAUUGCUUCUCUUGACCCAUUGGCUGGUUCUUACUAAAUACAGCCCAAUAUUAUCAUAAUUUAUGGCUACAAGGAUAUGCUGCUCAUUUGUAUUUAAUUUCUGCUUUACAACCCCUCGAGUCCUUUUCUGCAGUUUUGCAUUUAGUCCCAGUCCAAGUGUCAGGACUUGGGUUUUGGCAUUCUUGAUCUUCAUGAAUGUGAUAGUUGUUACUUCCACAUUUCCAGCUUACAAAGGACCCUUUGAAAGGCAUGCCUCCUCUCCAGAAUAUCCACCACUCCCCCAGGUCCGGUAUUGUGUGUAAAAUUGCUGCAACCCUCUCCUGGUCUUUGAAGAUGCUAAAUGGUGUUGGCCAGAUGCUCUUUCAGAUCCCUUUUUCUCCACAGACUUACUUUAGAAAAAAUAAUAAUUCAGAGAGGUGGAAUGUCAAAAAUGGAGAGUUAGCUCACAUAAAAAUAUCUUUGUUUAUGUGUCAGUAUUGUAUGCUUGGAACCAGUAAAAUAAUAUCAAAGACAUGCUAUCGUAUGCAUGGUGUUUGUGUCCAUUCUUUCAUAUGAAGAGACCAUUUGAUGAUAUUUCUAGGAACAAAAAAAUAUAAAUAUUUACAAAUAUGUAUUUAAAAACCCACUCAAUUGGAAUAGAAAUGUUUAUCUAUGCAGGAAACAAUUUCCUGGGCAGGGAUUGAGGUUCAGAAAC